AUGUAUAGCGGCUCCAGUGAUGGUGAAGGGGGUCACGAUGCCGUCCCACGGAAGAUCCCCCCGGCGGCGUCCAUGCCCUGGGUUCGAAACCUUCGCAGAUUCAUCGGCAAUGGCGCCGGCCUUGGGUCCGAGGCGCUCAUGGGUCAGUGCUCUUCUUCUUCCCUGACUAGCAGAUAUCCUCCUCAUUGCUCUGCUCCAUUUCCCUUUCAUGUGUUUCUUGUGUCCAUUUUUCGCUUCUUUUUGCCGGUUUAGUUACUGGAGUCAAGAUCCGUGGACAUUCUUCUUUCCUGGGAAUGGCGGACCCGUGUUACAAUGUUCGACUGUGGUCUGAGUUGCAUUCUACGUGUAAAUCACAUCAGACCGUUCCAACCCUUUUGGGCGUUCGUCUUCCCGGAACUUGGCUAGAUUUCCGGAAGUACUUCGUUUUAAAAAGUUCUCGUUCUUUUAGGAAAACUUAUCUGUGCAGACUAAAAUAUGGAGAUGCCCGGAUAAUCUCUGUGGCCAGUGCAAUGGAUUUAUAAUGAAAUAAGAUGGCGGUUGAGGAAAUUUUUGGUGAGAAAAGGUGGGAAGUAGAAGUGGAAGAGAGUUGAAAGACCUCAUAAAAUUUUUGUCAAAAUCGAGUUGUUGCAGGCGGUGAACAUCUUUGCGUCAUGGUAGUUCUAUAUGAUAAUUCUUAUGUUUAUAAAAUAUGCAUUUGCGUACUCUUUUAGGUAUCCCAGGGGAAUGCCAUCAGUAGUGUUUUCUCUGAGAAAACUGUGGAGUGAAUGCGAUUUGAAUCGUCGGAUUAUGUAUAAAAUUAUAGCUGUGCAGAAAUCGGCGCUGAAGUAUCCUAGAAAUAACGUUUGUGAGUGAAAAGAACUCAUGAAAUGAUAGUUUUGGCUGGAAGAUCUGCAUCAGUUAUCCAUUAAGAGGCUUAUUGCUGGAAAAUUGUGAUUCUUAGGCAUUAGGGGCCCAAAAAUGCAGUGAAAUUCUUACACGACCCUUUGGACAAGGGAAUCUCCAAAUGUUUGCGCAGAUUUCAUGCCAGCCGUUUUUAGUAAAAAUGGGAAAGGAAAAUUCAGUGAAUACCUAUUCGUAAAUCUUCUGAUCUUGUAGGCCACAUUUGGAGUAGAAACCAUGCAAUGAAAAAGUUGCAAGGGAUGUCUAUGGUUUGUUUAUGUUGAAUAUGUCUUUUGGAUUAGGUUAUGGUAGGAUAACUUGAAAAUACAUGCGUUAUGUUUCAUGCAUCUCUGAGCCUUUGUUUCCCAAUUUGUUAAGCUCUUCUUUGUUGGGGGUUCAUGCUUCGUUUAAGUGAUCUGUGAACUGUCAAAAUAAAUUUAUGAGUUUUGGGUGUCUAUUGUCUAUUGCUUUAGAAAAAUGAAUUGAGUAUAUCUUCGCCAUCAAGUUGGAUAGCAUUCUCCUCUUUUUUUAGUUUUCUAAUUAAAUACCAUAUCUUUCACACGAUAUAAGCACUAAGAUUAACCUCUAACUGGCCAUGGUACUGUUGGUGUCGUUGAAACUCGUUAGUAUUCCAGUUGUUUCUUUAGAAGGGCGUCCUCUAAUAGAAAUAUAUCAAAAUAUUCUCUCUUCUACUUACAUCUCCUUACUGGUCCUCGAUCAUAACAUUAUGUUUAGCCUCUUCGUAAGCUGCAGCUUCUGAGUAUACUGAUCGUUGGAUUCCUCUCAUUAAAUUGUGCAAAUUGUGCUAUAUUUAUCACUAGGUAUGAAUCAUGAUACGCUAAAUGUUUCAGAUAAUCUUGAUCUUCGUGCUGUGUGGUGUUCCCACGGGUAUAAGUCAUUUUAAUGCUAUUUAGAUGUCAUUUUGUUUUCACUCUAUAAGUUUUACUUUGAAAAUUUCACCCAUUGCAAAGGCAGUUAUGAUAACUUUUUGUCGUGCAGAGCUUGAAACAAAGAGAAUUUUGCUGGAAAUCUUUAAAGAGAGACAACAAAAAAAUGCUGAAGCAGGCACGAUUCCAAGCUUCUACAAGAAGGCAUGGACUAAUCUUUUCUAUAUGGUUUAUGUUCUAUCCUUCUCAUUCUCUAUGACUAGUCAUUCUCUGAGCCUGUAAAAAUGUACAAUAGACCUAAGGAUAGUUAUCAUGUUAAAAAUCUUCACAAACUAAAAGUAGCGAUCUGGAAAUGACAAGGACAUUUUACUUCCAUAUGCCUUCCCCUUGUUUCCACUAAUUCAUGUUCUUGGUAGAUUUUUCUCACAAAGAUUUCUCCUCUUAUUUUAAAGUACAGAAACCUGAGGAAGGAUCGAUAAGUCACAGAGUACAGAGGUUGGCAAAAUACAGGUUUUUAAAGGUACGCGGGUGUUAAAUAUCUUACUUUGCUUUCAAUAUUUCUUCAAGAGCUGUUUUCUUCUUGAUGGUGGAUAUUCUUGUAUGAGCCUAUGGAUAAUCGCAUCAAGCUGAGGUAGUGAAAUAUUUUUGAUGUCAUAUCUAAAAAAAUGUGGGAUUGACAGAAACAAUCAGAUCUCCUGUUGAAUGCUGAUGAUUUGGAUGCCAUGUGGGUUUGCUUGAGAGAAAAUUGCAUGAUUGACGAUGCUACCGGUGCUGAAAAGGUAAGCCUCAGAUCUUUCGUACACUUUAGGUUUGGUUUAUCUGCUUUUUAUGUUAUACUGUUGUCUACAUUCGUUGUGUGCUCCAGUUCUUGAGAGGAGAUAUACCUGGGGAAAUAAACCCAGGUCUAUUGUUUGGUGACAUUGGGGCAAAGUUAGUUGGAGAGUAAUCUCAUGGAAUCAACUUUAUAAGGCAGCAUAUAAAAAAUAUAUUUCAUCCGAUCUUGCGUUCAUGAGUCUGAUGAAUUUUUCAGAUUUUGCAAGGAACGCAAAAACUUGCACGAUACCAUUUAGGAAUGAGGAAACUUGGCUAAAUGUAUUGACUGUCUAGCCUGGACAUUGUGGAUUGCUACCAUGGCUAGGUUCAGCUGGGCAGCACAGCGCACAUUGCCAUUCACCUGUUUUGAUGUUGUGAUCUGUUGCAUGCAUGUAGUUUUUCUUUUAUGUUGACGACUUACUUGGUGAUUCUCCAAUUUAAUAAAUAUUUGUUCAUAAAUUUAGUUCAUUUGGAUGCCAUUUCUUGACAGACUAGGGUCAUUUGUUGGGUGUUGUAUUCGGGUCUGUUUCUUUGAAUCAUUCUUAUCUGAGGCAUUGUCGGUUUUAAUUUUCCUUGUUUUACUUAUAUCUUAGCCAAGUUCCUUAUGGGAAAACUAAAAAGAAUGGGGAAAAGAAGAAAAAAACCAACCUCAUAAUUUCUUCGGUGACAAUUUAUCUGCUGCUCAAUUCCCAUUCUAAUAAGAUACUCGGUGAAAGCAACCAUGCAUUAUUUGUUGAGUUUCAAACGUGUGGAUCAGACUCGUGUAGAUCAUACUCUCUGGACUUUCAUAAGGAAUUUAGACAAACUACAACCUUAAAUAAGUGACCAGCACAUUUGCCCUUUCUUUCUUAUAUUUGAUUAAUGCCUGGUACUACCCAAUUUAACGAAAACAGUUUGAGAUUGAUAAGGCUUAUUCUUUCAAGGACCCUUAGAUGCUUUGUUCGUCUAUGUAAGAGCACCAUGGAUCGUAAUGUUAUAUCAAAAUUGGAUGAUGCGCUAUGUCAUUUAGUAUGUCGAAAAGAUUUAUAUUCUGAUUUGUUGGACUUCCGUCAUUAGUAUUUGUAUCUCUGGGAUGUCAUAGGAUCAAAUGAGCAUGUGGUAUUGCUAUUCACUUAAGAAAAUAAAUCGUAUUUUUUUGCACUUACCAAGCACUUUAUUGCAUUAUUCUUGCCUACACUCACCAAGAGAUGGUUAACCUACCCUUUACGUCUAUCUCUGAACAUUUAUUGUUUCUUUUAACCGUCUUCAGUUCAUUUAAGAGAUAGCUAUUAGUAUCACUGACGCAUUGGGAUAUCCUUUUUCAGAUGAACUACGAAGAUUUCUGCCAUAUUGCAUCCGUGUGCACAGAGCAAAUUGGCCCAAAAUGUCGACGCUUUUUCAGCCCCUCUAAUUUUAUGAAAUUUGAGAAGGAUGAAUCCGGCAGAAUAGCUAUUCUACCAUUCUACUUAUAUGUGAUGAGAACGGUUAGUUUCCUACGGUACUCUAUUAUGGAUUCAUUGAGAUAACAGGAUCUGUUAUUCAUGUGUAACCCCCCACCUACCAAUCAUUCUAAGAUUAUGACCUUUGAUUUCUGUUUCCAUGGGCACUGCAAAGCCUCAAGCAGUUAUUUUGUCUUUUUAACUCUAGUCUAUAUUUGCUCCGCGUCUUUCUUUGACUGAAAAGAUUAAAUCUUCAAUUUGUGUCUCAUACCACAUAUAUGUUUCUGUACUGUGUUUUCCCGUGAUAUUUUUAUAGUGUACCUCAAUUUAAAUGGUUUUCCUAGGAACUUUUCUUCAGUUUGUUUAGUUUGUGUAUGGUUUAAUAGUUAAACGCUUAUUCAAUUCGAUCAGGUUUCACUUACUCAAGCAAGAAUUGACAUGAGUGAGCUUGAUGAAGAUUCUGAUGGUUUUCUUCAGCCUCAUGUAAGUAUGUUCAUCCUUGAGUUUGAUCUUGUUUGUCAGGAUCGAUGAAUUAUGCCAUCUGGUUUUCUUAGAUGCAUUAACCAUGGGCGUGUAAAUCUAUCUAUAAUCUUACCUUGCAUGCAGGAAAUGGAAGCAUACAUACGGGGUCUAAUUCCUAACUUGGCACAGCUCCGUGAUAUGCCUCCAGCCUUUGUUCAAAUGUACUGCCGAAUUGCUGCACACAAAUUCUUCUUCUUCUGUGAUCCUCAUAGGCGAGGUUUGUCUCCUGCUUCCUUACUUCCUCAGAAUGGACACCGUAUUAAUGAGAUUUUGAGUUUUAUUCCAUCUUCUAGAAUGACUGAUAAAGAGAUGUUGUUUCCUUAGACCUUCCAAUUAUAUUAAUUAGUAUAGAACACAACCUGAACCAUGAGUUUUUUUUGUUUGAAGGAUCACAUUUAUAAAUCGAUUGUCUUUAAUUGUUUCCAGUAUAGCUAAUUAAUUGAUUAUUUUGGGGAUAGCUAGUUGACCUGAUGUUCUGUUUGAUGCACUUUAUUCUUGGAUCUUUUUCCUACUUUGUGUUUUUUUCCAAGAUUAAUGAUAUCUUUACUCUCAGUCUAGGAUGAUAAGUCUUAGAAUUGCAGAUUAUUCUUCAGAUGGUAUUUUCUUUGUGUUUUCAUGCAUAUUUUGCUGUUAAAGGAUAUACCUCUACAGUGCUCUGCUCCUGUUUAUUCCUCUUACUAGAUGCCCUCUCAUGCCUUAGCUUUUGAAAACAGCUUUCUCCAUUUAAAUUCAUAGACAGUAAUCACUGAAGAUUGGUUGUGGAAAAGAAGUCAUGUAUCGAUUUAUGUUGUAAAAAAUAAGUUAAAAACAAGUCAUUGAUUUUCUGGAUACUAACCGAGUUUGCUGGCAAAAUACAAGUGGAUGCUAAUCUCAUUUUUUAUUGCUUGUUUGGUGCCUGUCUUUGGUUGCUGAUUUCUCGCGAAAUUUGAUCUUGUUGCAAAAGUAGGACUCCAUAAUUUUUAGUUAUUUAUUUCAAAGCAGGUGAUUGUAUGCGUCUUUUUUAAGUUCUCUUCUAUUUUUCAAAUAAGCAUGUCGUUUCCAUGUUUAUUUAUAGUGAAAAUGACAAAGUACUGAGCUGAAGUAUUUUCCAUUUUAUGUAGGGAAAGCAUGCAUAAAGAAAGUUUUACUUAGCAACUGUCUCCAAGAGCUUAUGGAACUUCAUCAGGUAUUCGUGCUUAAUAUUUUUCAAUCAAAAAGUUUGCUGACUCGAUGGUUGUUUCCUGAAAAUUCAUAACAGCGUUGGAAUGUAUAUGUUCUAAAUGGACUGGACAUUCUUUUUGUGAGAGUACAUGCCUUCCAUGAUCAGAGAUCUACUUAACGCCUAACUUGUGUUGUCUACUUUGUUGUCCCAAGCCUGUUUUCAGUUAAUUUUAUUUUUUCAUGUUUUCUGAAUUAGAGUUGUCUUUCCAAUAAAUCUUACAAACUUUGUAAGUGUAUUACUUCAAUCAGAUGCCUAGUUAAGCUAUUUUUUCUCCGUAUCAUGGGUUCUAUAGUUAAUAUUGCCAUUUCCGGUGUAUGAGGAGGAAUGUCUUUUAUUCAGUUUGAGAGAGGAUUCUUCUCCUGGGGACUCACGUCCCACCGGUUCAUUCUCACAUGAUUGCGUUUAUUUAUUCCAGGAAAGUGAGGAAGAAGUCACUGACACAGAACAAGCUGAAAACUGGUUUUCUUUGACAUCUGCCCAAAGGAUAUGCGGUAUGGCCGUGGUGACAUGGUUUAGGGUUAUAAUUCGUAAUUUCAUUUCUCAUACGGUGUUACUGCUACUUUACUGUACAAUGGCCGCCGGUCCAUGCUCUCCUGUCUCGUUGUUUUAUGAGACUCUAUGCUUUCUAGAGUCCCUUCUCUGUUUAAAGUCAGAAUUUCUUUGUUUCAGAUUUUACUUUGCACUUUUUUUUCUUUUAUCAUUAACUGUGAAUUUUUUCUUGAAAUAAAGAUUGAGGUAUGAUUCAAUUUAUCUGAUUUUUUUUAUCUUCUUCCACAUUUUUAUCAUGGCAGACAUGUUUCUUGCUCUCGAUAAAGAUAUGAACGGGACAUUAAGCAAGCCAGAGCUUAGAGAAUAUGCUGAUGGAACGUUGACUGACAUCUUUGUUGAGAGGGGUUUGUGCAUUUCCAACUUUUUCUAAAUCAUUCUCAUAACCGUCCAAAACUGUUGUUCUAAAAUUUAACCAAAACAUAAUUUAAUUUUGUUGCAACUCCAUGAGAUUCUAGUUGUCAGAUCAUAGUUCUUAAUAUCUGCAAAAUAAUACAAUCACGAAUUCCCACCAUGCCAACAACAGCUUAGGAUGAAAACAUAUUGCUAGGUAGGCAUAUAUGUUAGAGGGUAAAGUUUCUCUUUGUAUUCAUCAUUUCAAAGGCGAUGGAGAAGGUCCGCUCCCUUACUUCCGGGGGUAGAUGCCUAGUUUUAGAUAUUCCCAAAACUAAUAUGGAGAUACUUUAUUAAUGGAAUUCAUUAAGUACACAGGUGUCAACCACUACAUGAUCUGAAGUUCCCAUUGCUCGAACCUGUCAUAUUGAUAAGCAUGUCCCUGGUGUUUUGUUCUCCAUACUGUUUCCAGUAUUUGACGAGCAUGUUCGGCGGGGCAAGAAUGGAGGAGGGAAUUCUCGAGAGAUGGACUUUGAAAGCUUUCUUGAUUUUGUUCUGGCUCUGGAGAACAAAGACACCCCAGAAGGGCUUACAUACCUAUUCCGGUGCCUUGAUCUCUAUGGCAGAGGCUAUCUGACAACCGCCGAUGUGCAUACCCUUUUCAGGUAUUUUAACAGGACGAGUCAUCUAAAUUUUUCCUUUAUAUUAAUUAUUACAGAUUUAUUUCUUUUUUAGAAAAAUUGUUGAAAUGGUACUUGAAGCCUUCGUAGCACAGUUGAUAGCAUAUCGAGGUAAUUAAAGCAAGUUAUGCUUAGGAAAUAUAAUGCAAAAAUAUCGGUUUCUAUGUAGAAAUAUUCAACGGAGGAAAGUCCCCAAUCCUUUUGAAUCAAGAACCUGCUGAAUCUUAGCCUUGAUCAGCGAAAGUGCUUUGGCAAACGGUCAUUUUUUAUCCUGUGCAGUCCUCAUUGAAUAGAAGCGAAGGGAAGAAAUUUUCGAAGAAAAUUAAAUAAAAAUGUACCGUAUCUUUGAUCAGGAAUUUACCCAACUCACCGUCUCUGAGAAGAGCUGAAAAUAUGCCAUUCAGGGUAUUAAUGAUGCUGCCUUGCCUCUACGCCUAUAAUGUUCUUAUUACGGCAGAACCACGUUCUGAUAUUAUGCCAAACUAGCUUGCUGAUGAUGUUCUGAUGUUGUCUUAGAUCACGCAACGAAUAAUAUGACAAUGCAUCUCAGAUCUGCUGCUCCUUUGAAUCUUAUAUACGAGCAUAUAGUUCUCAAUACCUGAGAUAGAUAGACGGCGAUGGUUGUCUUGGCUUUCUCUUUGGAUAAUUUUCCUUCUUGUUGUUGAUUAUUUGCCGUGUGUGAUCGAUUGCUGGGCUGCUGUGGAAGUAGAGAAGGGUGGCAUUCAACAGCACAGAUGCUAACCUGAUACGAUCUUCCUACAUCAAAACUUGUACUUUUCCUGCUUGUAGAACUACGAGGAGGUUCUGCGAGUCUCAUACUGCAAGACACUGACUUUGGUACCGUUCAUGUCAAUGCUUUGUUUGUUCUUCACUAGUCAUCAGGAUUUUCUAAGAAUCCUCGCAUGAGAGAGAUUUCCUUCUGCUAGAACAACACUCCACUGAUUACUUUUCUGCUCAAGCAGCCGAUGCCCAUUCGGAUUUUCCAUCCAUGGAACUGAAUAAAUGCUUCCAUUGCCGAUCCAAAAAGCAUUGGGCGAUUGAUUGAUGAUAUUCUUUUUUUUCUGAAGAGAUGCUCAUUAGAUUCUGCCAGUCUCAUACUGCAAGACACCAACUUUAGAACCAUUCGUUUUAUUAUUUUGUUCUUUAUUAAUCAUCUGAAAUUUCUAAAAAAUCAUCGCAAGAGGGAGAUUCCACUGAUUAAAAUCUUCUGAUCAGCCAGCAGAUGCCCAUUCUGGUUUCCCAUCAAUGGAACUGAAUGCUUUUGUUGCCGACCCAGAAGCAUCGGGUAAUUGAUUGAUGAUCUCUUUUUCUAUUAUUUAUUUUGCAGAGAUGUUCAUCAGAAGUGGAUCGAUGGGGGGAACUACGAGCUCUGCAUCGAGGACGUGAGAGACGAGAUCUGGGACAUGGUGAAGCCGGUGGACCCUCUCAAGAUCACCCUCGCCGACCUCCUCGCCUGCAAGCAGGGAGGAACGGUGGCCAGCAUGCUCAUCGACGUCCGAGGCUUCUGGGCCCACGACAACAGAGAGAACCUCCUGCAGGAGGAGGAAGAGCCCCCCGAAGAGGAAUGA